AUGGAUUAAAGUAAGGCUUCUGGAAAGAACAGAUAUAGAAUUAUUGGACGUAAACAUAAAAGAAUAUUGUUAGCUUAUCACAAGCUUAUUAAGUUGGAGAGUAUUAAGAUGGUUAAAGAACUGAAACAUGGAAAUAUGAAUAUGAAGAUCAGGAAAUGUAUUAUGAAAUUUAAAUAUCAUUUAUAGAGGUGGUGGAAAAUAUGAUGAUAAAUAUUUAAAGAAUGGUAGAUGGAUUGAAUUAAGUGACAAUUUUUCAAAGUAUUGGAUAUCUUUAAUAUUUAGUAAUUCUUAUAUCACUUAUAGUGGUCAAUAUAAAAAUAACAAAAGAAUUGAUAAAUGGGAUAUUAAUUACAGAUUUUCUAGUGUUUAUCCAUUUGAAUAGAUGUAUAAAUUUAUUUAUAUCAAUUUUAAUAUAGUGGUAGUGGAUCAUACAACAUGUAAGGGAUUAAGGAUGGCAAAUGGAUAGAUUUAAUUGAUAAUUUCUAUCGUUAUAAAACAAUAAAGAUUAUUCAUAAUUAUUUAGUUAAAAAUAAGUUACAUUUAAUGGAGAAUAUUAAAUUAUCGAAAAGUUGGUAGAUGGGAUACUUAUUUUAGAAUUGAGGGUCUAUUUUAAAGGGAAUUUUCAUUAAUGUAAAUUAUGUUAUUAUUUAUUUUUAAAUUUAGUGGCGGUGGAUUCAAUGAGUACGGGAGUAUUAAGAAUGGUAGAUGGAUUGAGCAAAGUGAUAAUUUUUAUAAGUAAUUAAAUUGUUUACUAUUUUAAUUAUAUAGUUAUUAAAAUGGAAAAAAAAUAAAGUCAUGGGUUACCAAAUAUAAAUAAAAAGAUUAAUUAGAAUAAAUGUACUAAAUUAAUUAUUUAUUAAUCUGAUAUUUAGUGGUGGCGGAUAUUAUGAUGUUAAAGGUAGUAAGCAAGGAUAUUGGAUUGAGUUAAGUGAUGAUUUUAGAUAAGAUAGUAUUAAAAAUAAUGAUAUCAUUAAAUAGGGAUAGCUAAAUCACUUGUCAUUCUUAGUAUAAAUAAGGAAGAAAAAUAGAUAAAUGGGAUAUCAUUCUUAGGAAGUCUAAUAAAUUUGAAUAAAUGUAGUUUAAUUUAUUAAUUAACUAUAUAAUUUUUAGAAAAGGUGAUUUUUAUAAUGAGCAAGGUUUUAAAAUUGGAAGUUGGGUUGAAAUUAACAAGUUUUCUUCUAAGUAAUUUAAUAAAUAUUUUAUCAUCUUUUUAGUUUAGGUUAAGUUCUAUAUUAAGGAGAAUAUUUUUUUGGUAAGAAAACUGGUAAAUGGAAUAGCUAUUGGAAGAAUAAUAUAAACUUGGAAAAAUUGUACCAAAAUAAAUUAUGAUUUAAUUUUUUUAUUAGAGGUGGUGGAUUAUAUGAUGAUAAUGGUUUAAAGAAGAGGAUUUGGAUCGAAUUGGCUAAUGAUUUCAAUUAGUAAUUAAUAUAUAUUUAUAAUAUCAAUAUUAGAGAUAAAUAGGUCUCUUAUUAAGGGGAAUAUAAUUGUGGAUAAAAAGUUGGUGUAUGGGAUACUUAUUUUAGAUUUUCUGAAAGAUUUAAAGAAAUGUAAAUAUCAAUAGUAUAUUCUUUUAAUUUUAGAAGUUGUGGAUUUUAUGAUUAAGAAGGAAUUGAGAAUGGAAUUUAGAUAGAGUUGGAUGAAGAUUUCAAAAUGAAUUAAAAUUGUUAAAAUGAAUAAUAAUAAUAGCUCCAAAUAAAUCAUUCAUUAGGGACAAUAUAGAGAAGGUAAAAAGAUUUGAAAAUGGAUAGAAUUAAAGAGAGAAAAAUGGAAUAUUGA